AAAAAUUCUAAACAAUUUUGAUUCACUAAUAUGUGGCUUGUAAUGAAAAACGAAAGCAAUUAACGUUUGUUAUCCACAUCCUGUGGCCAUGGACUCCUGCAGUCCUCUCUGUUUCAACCACUCUUUCCUCCAUUCCCUCCAUCUUCUCCUUCCCCUGUUUCUCAUCUUCAUCAACCUUCUUCACCUUCCAUGGCUGCCACUACUACCUUCUUCAAAUCCAUCUCCACUCUCUUUUCUCUUCCCUCUCAUUCUAAACCAUCUCUUCCCCCAACAUUUCCUACCCUAAAUUCUCACUUACCCAUCUCCGAAUUCUCCAUUUCUUUCCGAAAUUCGAACAAGUUUAGGAAAUCUAUUGGGUGUAAAGCGUCGGAAAUAUCAGUGGCGGAAGGAUCUCAAGCGUCGAAUGAUGGUGGGAAAAACUGGGUGCCAGUUGUGCCGUUGUCGGCGUUGCCGAGGGGUGAGAGAAGAGUGAUUAUUCAAGAUGGGGAGACUAUUUUGUUGUUGUGGUAUAAAGAUGAGGUUAUUGCUAUUGAGAAUAGGUCUCCUGCUGAGGGUGCUUACUCUGAGGGUUUGCUCAAUGCUAAACUUACACAGGAUGGCUGCAUAGUUUGCCCUACGACUGACAGUACAUUUGAUCUUCGGACCGGAGAAAUCAAGGAAUGGUAUCCAAACAACCCAGUUUUGAGAGUUCUCACCCCUGCCCUGAGGUCAUUGUUCGUGUAUCCAGUGAAAACAGAUGAUCAAAAUAUCUACAUCAGCAUGGGGGAUAUUUCAAAUUCGGACGCAUCAGCAGAGAUUCUCUUUAGUGGCAGGGCUCAACCUGGUUUUACUGCUGAGGAUGUCAAUGUAGAGGAGGUGAAAAUGGUGGUGGAUGAAAGUUCAGGAGGAUUUGGUUUCACAUCGAAGAAUGAAAUUAUAAAUGGAAAAGCAGCGGUUAUCGGGUUUUUAUUACUACUAGAUUUUGAACUUCUAACUGGUAAAGGCCUUCUCAAGGGGACUGGAUUCUUGGAUUUCCUUUAUUCUGCGACUGAUGCUUUCAAAUAAGCAGCUGCCUAUAUGGUAAUGUUUCUUUACACACCUCUCUGUCGUCUAACUCCUCCGCUUCCAUGCUUUUUUCUUCUACUCAUCGUAUAUAGGCAAAGGCAAAGGCAAAGGCUCACGUUUGAUCGUAUUGUCAUCGUUUGAUCGUAUAUAGGCAAGGUUCAUCUUUGAUGUUUUUGCGUUUCAUUUUCUUAUUCAGAUCAAAUACGUGUAUGAGCUUAUAUUAUUGAUAUUUUACAAGAAACAACUUUAAUUAUGUGUAA